UAAAUGAGUACUAGUAGAUAUGUUUCAAAGAAGCUUCAGCCAUAUAUUACAUCUAAGACAGAACUGAGCUAACAACUUGAAAAACUCUAGGCAGAGUAAAAGGAAGAGGAAAGAUUAAAUGAUAUAUACUUUGAUUAAUUGGGAAAACUGGAAAAGGUAAAAAUGAUUAUCAUCAAAGGAAUAUGAUACUCUUGUCCAUAUUAUGGAAGAAUAUGGUAAGCGGACCUCUGUUAAAUAGAGUGGAGAUACAGAUUAAGCUUAAAACUUAGAUUCUAGAAUUGAAAAAGCAGUUAUUGAGACUUUAAAUUUAUAUUUGCUUGCAAAUAGUAGAAAAGAAUAAUUAGAAGCUUUAUAAGAAAGAGAAAUUGCUAAAAAAUAAUCUCCUAUGAAUCUAACAUUAGGCAAGAAUGCCAUAAUUGAGUAAAAAAUAGAUGGGUUAGAUGAUGAAUUAAAUGAAGAUGAAUAUGGUUAUUAUGUAACUUUAUAAUCUGAAGAUACUUCUAUGGAUGUUAAAAUACCUGCAACAAUUAAAACCUUUAAAGAUUUGAAAUAGAUUAUUAAAUCUUGUUUUAUGCUAGAAGAAAAUGAAAUAUAUUGCACAGAUCAGAUGGGUAAUCUAUUCUAAGAAAACAUGAUUUUAUUAGAUUAAAUUUAUCCUCCUCUCUAUGAUUUGAUGAAAAAUUAUUAACCAAUAAUUGGAAUCUAAAUAGUCAAGUAACUUAAACUCAGAGAAGCUAUUCAAAGUGGAGAUGAAAGUUUAUUAUCAGAUGAUGGUGCAAGAUAUUUCAUUAAAAGAUUAAAAAUGACUAAACCCGUUGAAAAAAAAAUUAAUUGGAAUAUAUAUCUAGGUUAUUUAAACAGUUUUAAAUAUUUUGUUGAAACAGUUUUGUUUCUUAUGGUUCUAGGCUUAUUUUUAGUUGUCGAAAUAGAUUAAGUUAAAUUCACUACAAGUUCUUCUUUAAUUACUUCAUUUGCAAAAUAAAUGUAAAUUUCUAAAUCAUUUGUAUCACCAAUCAAAAAUAUAUCAUAGAUUAUUAAUCAAACACUUACCUACACUACAGAUAAUCAUAAAUUUCCUACAUAUCCUUUAAUAUCUGGAUUGUUAAUCUAAACACUUGUUAAAUAAGUAAAUUUUAUUAUCAUUAUUAUCUAGGAAAAUAUGCAAGAUUGCUCAAUUCUAAAUAAUAAUCAAAAAAAAUUAUUUAGUGAUAAAAAUUAAAGUUGCUUAGAUUUUUCCACUGUUCUAACAAACGAUUUAUCAGAACAAUAUGAAUACACCAACUUUAAUCCAUCUAUCUAUAAUUAAUAAUUUGAAGGAUAUGUAUGGGAAUUGAAUUUAUCAUCCAAAGAAGAAUUUAAUUAAAAUAUUGAAUUACUCCUCUAAAAAGAUUGGAUUAAAUAUAAUAUUAAAUCAUCAAAAUUUAUUUUAAACUACUUCAAUUCUCCUACAAAAAGACUAAUAUAAGUUGUUAUUACUACUAUUUACUUAUUUAAUGAUGUAACUAUAUUCUUAAUUUUAGAUUUUGCUAAAUUUUAAUAGUAUUUCCUUAGAAUCUUUUGAUCUUAAUAAAUCUACUGAAACUGAACAAUUUUAUGAUGAAAUAUUAUUUUAUUUAUCUAUUUUACUAUUGUCCUCAUCAUUAUUAGGUAAGAAUUUAUUAUUUUAUGUUUAGACUUUUUUGGAAUAUUUUUAAAAACAUCUGAUAAUUCUUUUAUUUUAUUAUAUUAGUCCUAUUGUGAUUUAAUAAACAAAUAAAAAAAGUUGUAAUCUAAAAAAAAAGAUUUAACAACCGUAGAGUUGUAAGAAUUAAGGUAGAAAGAACUGAUAGUUGGAGAAUACUUUAUUUUUAAUAUAUCUGUUGUUUAUAUUGUGAUUAAAGUUCCGUUAAUUUUUGACUUUAUUUGUAAAAAUAACAGAUAUCUUAGACAUAUUAUCAAAUAUAGCCAUUUUGGUUAGGGGAACAAUUUAAGAAAUAUAUACAAAUGCCUUAGAUGAAAUUUAAAUAAAUUCUAAAGAAUUUUAAGAUGCAUCUAAAUUAAUUGCUCCAGCAUUUUUAUUGAGAUUAUUUACUGGAGCUUUAGUUUUAUUUUUGAUGGCUUCAAUAAUUCGAUUUUUAGGAAAUUGGAGUCCAUAUCUUAAAUGUUAUGGAUUAGUAAUGAUAAGAGUAAACUAUUUAAUACUUAUAAUAGUUCAAUAAAUAAUCUUCAUUUUUACUAUUAGUUCUCAUAUUUAUCAUUAGCAUAAGUGCAAUGUCAUGGUCUAUAACAAUCCAAGGCAAAUUAAUAGGAUAAGAUAAUUUCUUCUAUAAUUUCAUCGGAUUAUUAAGGUGCACCUUAAAAUAUGGUAUGCAUAAUGAUUUAGGAGAAUAAGGGUUAGAAAAUAAUUAUUAAAAACAAAUUAGUUUUUCUUUUGAAACUAGAUAUGUAUUAAAUAUUUUAAUUACAAGCUACAAUACCUGAUAAUUUUAGUUAUAUCUUUCAUAAUGAUUCCAAUAUUCAUUUCACUAAUGACAUAACAAGUACACAACACGAAAUUAGAAGCUGAAUAAAAGAUGAUAGAAAUGGAGAGAGAGUAAGAGGAAGAAAAAUAAAAAUAAAAAUAAAAAUGAUUUUACUUUAUUUCAAU